AGGCGUUGUCUCACACUGAGUACUUGAGGAACACAUACCCUUCGUCACUCUUUCAUAUAUUGCGCACUUUGCCGCUUAGCACACCGCUACAAUCGACAGAGUUUACGAUAUUCCGAAUUAUUAAGGUUUCGCCAUGGCCAACUACAUUCAUGUUCCCGACGAGGCCCCGUCUGUGCCUAAAAUAGACGUGACAGUUGACGAGAGCGACUACAGACCCGGUGCACUGAAACUGAUCAAGGAGCUGAGACCAAACUGGAAGCCGUCCGAGGUCAAAAUGAAGUGUUUCACAGAUGGAAUAACCAAUAAGCUCCUGGGCUGCUAUGUGGGUACAGUCAUGAAGAACGUGGUGCUGGUUCGUAUUUAUGGCAACAAAACAGAACUGUUGGUGGACCGGGAAAACGAAGUGAAAAGUUUCAGAGUGCUACACACAAACCGUUGUGCCCCGCGCCUCUACUGUACCUUCAACAAUGGCCUGUGUUAUGAAUUUCUGCAAGGAACAGCCCUGGAGCCUGAACACAUUCGGAGCCAACCUGUUUUCAGACUCAUUGCCAGGCAACUGGCAAAGUACCAUGCAAUCCAUGCCCAUAAUGGUUGGGUGCCCCAGUCUGACCUGUGGCUUAAGAUGGGCAAGUACUUUGCUCUCAUCCCCAAGCACUUCAAGGACCCUGAGCGGAACGCCAGGUUGCACAUGGAGGUGCCCAGCCCAAGAUGCCUCAGAGAAGAACUGGUGUGGCUCCAGCAGAGCUUGUCUGUGCUGGGCUCCCCUGUAGUUCUCUGCCACAAUGACCUGCUCUGCAAAAAUAUAAUCUACAACCAGGAGGAAGGAAAUGUUAAGUUCAUUGACUACGAAUAUGCUGGGUACAAUUACCAAGCCUUCGACAUUGGGAACCAUUUCAAUGAGUUUGCUGGCCUGAAUGAGGUGGAUUAUAGCCACUACCCAGAGCGGUCCUUUCAGCUGCAAUGGCUCCGCUCAUACUUGGAGGCCUAUAAGGAGCACAAAGGCCAGGGCACUGACGUGACCGAAAGAGAGGUGGAGAUUCUUUAUGUGCAAGUCAACCGAUUUGCCCUGGCGUCACAUUUCUUUUGGGGUCUCUGGGCUCUGAUUCAGGCCAAUUUCUCAACCAUCGACUUUGACUUCUUGGGGUAUGCAGUCCUGCGCUUCAACCAGUACUUCAAGAUGAAACCAGAAGCUCUUGGGUUAAAGUUACCUGAAUAAAACCCCCACCCACUCAAGCUCUCUUCUUCCUGCUCUUCCCCCAUUUCUACCUGUUCUGCGCCUCACAUGCUGACAGCUGAGCCCUCUAUGGGUCUGUUAAUGGGAGAGCCAGACUAAGAGUCUGUCCUGGUCAGUGCCUGCAGGUCAUUUUCUAGUAUCCUUAGAAAUUGAAUGGGCCAUAAUCUUAUCGAUCAUAUGCAGUCACACCUUUGGUAACUGCUUUUGUAAAAUGGGUGUCUUGGCACCUGCUACUGUUCACAUGCACAGAAAAAAUAGUCAUUUAAAUGAUAUUCACCUAAUAUCAGCAUACUUAAUGUAUUUUGAAGCAGUUUCUUGAAUCGCUUUAUAACAUCUCAUUCAUAGCCAUUACAUAGCAACAACACACAUGACUGAUUGUGUGGAGACCCCUUCCUUGUAUGCACAUUAUUGGGGAAACCCCUUGAGAGCCAUCCCAGUAAAUGAUGAAUUUAAUAAUGGUAUGGUAGCAGCACAAAGCCUGCUUUGUUUGCCAAAGAACAAAGAUGGAUAAAGAAAUGAAUGUCAAGAUGGAAAGGGACAGUACAGUCUCUUAAUCUCAUGUGAUAUGUGAGCCACACCAGAAAGAAAAGAAAAAAAACAACAACCCAAAAACCAUGUGGUCUGCCAUGUGACUUUUGUUUUUUCACUCCAUUUUUUCACUCCAUUGGUGGUGCUCCAAAAUGGACAUGUCUUGUUGCUGUGCAGUUUGGUAAGGGUUUGUGUUUUGGCUUUCUAGACUGAAGACUCUGAAGUAGGAGAGCACCCUGUGUUUACAUAUAACCUGUCCCUCAAGUUAAAUUGUUGCAUAACUGAACAUUAUGUAAGCUUUCAGGUUUGCUUUGACACUUGGAUUUUGUCUAAAUCUUAACUGGGGACAAAAUGGCAUCUCACUGUAAUUUGAACAUUCCACGUUCGACUAGACAGAACUUUUUUUUUUUUAGCGUCACACGAUGGGUUAGCAGCGUUGGGGAAUUAAUUCACUGUGACAUUCACUGUAAGUUAGGCUGAACUAGACAAGACCAAACCAUUCACUGUCUUCUCCAAUUCAGGGAACGUUUGGGAAUCUUCUUUAAUAUGAAAACACUGCUGUUCUCUGGACUUAGAACUGACCAUUUUAUAAACUAAUAGACCAGUUUUUAUUCAGAAAUGUUUUCUUAUUUUAAGAAAUGUAUUCAUAAAUUGAAUGUGUGGCCUUGUUUGACUGCUAGAUAUUUGAGCCACUGUUGGCAUUCUUCAUUGUUAAUGCCUGCUGUUGAAAUGGAAGGUCUGAGAAAAGUAGAAUCUGGUAAAAAAGUAUGUGAAGUGGGUAAUCUCAAAUAGGUGAAGGCUGACUUCUACUAUAGUUAGACUAAAAUGGAAGUCGGCUUAUUACACUCCACACUGAUCAUCGUCCUUGUUUGGUUGAACUCAUUUGAAAGUCAGUGGUUAGUGGGACCUGAGGAGCAAGAGCACCAUCUGUUGGAGAGAAAAACAAUAGCUGCUGUCAGUUGUUGAUAUUCAGCUUUGGCCCUCAUCUUAAAUGUCUGUUUUUGUUUAAAAAAAGCUGUUGGUUACAAGCGUUCACCAAAGUGCUGACAUGUCUUUUUGCUUGUACAUAAUGCACACUUAUUAUUUCCCAUGUAGCAAAGAGGAGUAGAAUUACAGGUAUAUAGAUAGUAUUAAGAAGGAUAGUUUUUAUACUUUUUAUUUAAAUGCAGAUGUUAGGGUUGAGAUCUUUGAGAGUGUGUAGAUGUUUGCUAGUGCAUCAACACAUGGCACCUGGGCAAAUAAAUAAUAAGAAACAUGUUAAAGUUCUCAGUAUCUAAAAAGAAACAUUGUGACAAAUGUGGUUGCAUUUUGUUUUUGUUACUUUGAGACUAACUUGCAUAUUGCAUAAUAUGUCCAGGUGUCUGCUGCUGUAACGCAUUUACUAAUCUCUUUGAAGAGACUGACAAGACUGGAUUGUCCAAUGCGCACAGGUUAUAGAUGUGCCUUUGUUGAGCUAGUCUGCCUGUGAACACUUUUACUUUUUUGAAUGUUACAGUUGUAAAGUUUGUGGCUAGCCUCUGUCUCUAAAUCAAAUGUUGUGUCUUUCACCCUGGGGAAUUCAGAGGGCUGAAUGAAGAAGUAGUUUGACUCUGAUCUGAGUUUGAAAUCUGUGAAUGUUGGCGUUUAACAUAUGAACAUCUAAGCUAAAUGCAAACUUAAUGGAAAAGGAUUUUCAUAAAUAUUUUUUUCAUUUCUUGACACUGGUGGAGGAGCAUGUUAGGGUUCUGUGAAAUACUUUGCUUUCUGUUUAGAUCAUUGCACAACAUUUACUUGCAUGAUAAAUUUAAUGCAGGUUGUGUAUUGGAUUGUUACAUAAUCAGAAAAUGGAAACUGUUACAAAUAAUACUGCUGAAAUAUUUCCCCCUGGCUUUAUCGUCACAUCCAUUUGAGAGAAAUCAGUUCAUAUUCACUGUACAUUAAAAUUCAUCUCAGUUCUGAUUAAAAUGAGCCAGCACUACGUACAUAAGUGUUUGUAUUUAACAUUGUAAAAACUUUAGUUCUGUCACCACUGUAGCAUAUGUUUAUAUGUACAGUUAACAAAUUAAUAUCAUUGCUCAUUCUGAAAUGGGAAUGAAUGUACAAAGGAGUUGUUUUCUUUCUUUUUUGUAAAAGUUUAAGUGAAUAGUUGCUGGUUGUAAGAAGUGGAAAUGAAAGACUUCCAUUAAUGUAAACUCACUUUAAAAAAAAUAAAGUCUAUUCACCCUGA